AUGCUGUGGGUUGAGGUGAGAAAAGCUGCAUUUCAAAUAAAAAUAUUCGUUGAACAAAUGAGAGACCUGGUUUGACAUUUCCGAGAUGAACAACUCUUUGAUGUUCCGACACACCAAUUAUGAAUCAUUUCUUCCGAUGCACACCUUUUUGGUUACUUUCAUUCUUUUUUUUUUGAAUGUUUAGAUUAGGUCUGGCAGAAAAAAAAGUUGUUCUGUGAAAAAUAAAAUAAAAUACGCGGUAAAAUUCCAAAUGUAAACACACUUCUAAAAAGUUGUUGAAUUGAUUUGAAUCGAAAUUUCUCUCCCUCAUUCCUCAAAUAUAGGAGUGUUUCUGUUUCUGCCACAAAAAACCAGCUCAUCCUAAAUUUUUCUCUUAACACCUUUUCAUAACCGCCCGAUAAAAAUCUUGGUUUUUUUGUCCAAGAGGUCAAUUCUAUUUCACAUAUAUCUCCCUUAAUUAAAUGAGAUCCUUUUCUUUCAUUCCAUUUUUUCGACUAUUUAUUUAUUUAUGAAAAAUUGAGUAAAAUUUUUUAUAUUUUUGGAUGAGUUGUCCUUUCAAUUUUUUUGUGCAAGCUGGAUUCCAGUUUGAUGAAUUACAUGUCCGCUCGUGUGUGUUUUUUUUUUCAUUUUUUGGUUUAUAAAUACAUAGAGGAGAGCAGGUGUGAAAGAGCAAUCAACCUUAUAUUUUUUCAUGGUUGAGAUUUUUUGGGUGCAACUGCAACUGCAAAUAUAAAUCUAUUCAUAUUCAUAUAUAAGCUUGGGUUAGAAAAAUGUUUAUGUUUGGGUUUAUAGAAUUUGGGUUUAUUUUGACAGAUUCACAUACAAACAUAUAUGUUUCUUCUGUUUGGAGAAAUACAUAAGAAUUUUACACACAUUUUCUUGCCCUUUCAAAUAAUUUCAAGAUUUUGCCAAUCCUAUUGAAUUUGAGUUCGAAUUUUUGAAUUAGAAUAUUUCAUUUUGAAAGAAUUUUUCGAGUUUUCAGAUAAUGACUUAAAACUUUUCUAUGUGUUUUAUCUUCGUGUCACCUGGUCCAUUUUCCACAACCUUUGAAAAUUCUUCAUCUUUUAAACCUUGUUAAAAAUGAAUAUUUAUCCAAAUUUUUGCAGCAUCACAUCAUAAUGAAUAAAAGGAAAAAACAAGUGUUAAUAUUAUCGCCAAAAAAACAUCCAAAAAUUAUAAUCGACGAACCAAAAAUUUGUCAUGGAUGGCUUGUUGUUUGUGGUGAGUUUGGUUUACUGUCUGAUUUUUUUCACCCACCGCUUUUUGAUAUUUGAGAUCUUUGAGUUUUGUUUAUUUUGCAUUAUAUAGCCAAUGGAAUGUGUAACCGAUGACAUUUUUCUUUUGACGCAUUUUUACGAAAUAAUAAUAAUGAGACGAAUAUUUUGGAAAUGUAUACCAUUCAUUCAUUUUUUCUCCGUUUAUAUUCAAUUCAUGGAAUCAUUUUGGUCUUCCCGGACACUGUUUUUUUCUUUCUGCAGUUAAAAAAAACCACAAAAUGUGUUAUCAACUUUAACCUCAUUGUUAAUUGUAAAAUUAAAGAAGAAGAAGGAAAGUUUUACGAAGCGUGGUAUAACUUUAUUGCUUCCUCCUUUUUUUUUGGAUUUUUUCACAUUUUAAGAGAAGGAAAAAUGUUUAUUGUUCUUUCCGAAAUUAAAUUUUUGUUAGGGCAGCGAGGGAGUUGUUUACUUUCUAUUUUCAACUGACUUUUUGACAGGUUUGUCUGUUUCAAAUAAAGAUACAUUUGGGAUCGAGCAUUUUUAGCAGAGUUCAUUUCUAUUUUGAUAAGAUCAAAACGUUUUCAUGUUUCAUUCCAUUAUUAGAGCCCGCAGACUUUUGAUAACGAAACACUUCAAUUUUGUUAUUCAUAUGAUUUCGAAAUCUGAAGCCAUUUAAGAAUUACUUUAGAUUUGAAAAGUAUCUUGUGCUGAAUUAAUUUGUAUGUGAUUUUUCUUAAAUUUUCCAUUUUUCAAAAAAAAAUCUUGAAUGAGCUUUCACAGCGAAACAACUGACUUUUUCAAUAAAUUCAUGAAUGAAUACACACCACAUUUUCCAACUAAAAAUAUUCUCCUAUCAAAAUUCUCAUUUUAUUACAAACAAGAAAUACGAAACCUGACACCCACCAAAAAUUUGCCAACAAGAUGGCGACAAGAAAAACAAUAAAAAAUAUAGAACAUUUUGCUUAAACAAACAAAAUUUUGAAUUUCUCACCCAUUUUCGCAACUUUUUUCCUCUCAUCUUUCUUCCAUUUCCAUUUUCACACCUUCCAAACUUGACUUCUUCUAACAAAUAAAGCAAAAGAGAUAUAUUUAUUUAUUUAUACAAAUAUCUUCGUAUUUAUAUAAUAAUAAUAUUAAAUAAAAUAAAAAUAUAUACGAGUGACUGACUGACUGAAGAUAUUUGAACUGUCUUUCUUUCUAAUACCUCCACACCUUUUUCAUGUCAUAUUCUUCUUGCUCCUAAUCGUCAAAUAAUUGUUUUCAACAUUUUUUUGUCUAAAUCCAACCUUGUACUAUUUUUCAUUUCAAUGCAUUUGUUUCAUUUUCUCUAUGACUUAUAUUUUUUUCAAACACUUCACUUUUUUAUCCACUCACGUUUUUUUAUUUGUUAAUAUAUAUCACUCAUUAAAAAAUCAUCUGAAGUAAACAAAAUAUUUGUUUUUUAUUGAUUGAUUUUAUUUUUUAAAAAAUUGUUGCAGAAGGCAAUCCGACAAAAAUGAUGAAUCAAGAAGUAAAACUUCCAUGGCAUGCUGGUUAUUGUGUUUAUGAUCCUCAACAUCGAACUGUUUGUUGUUAUAAACACGAACCUUAUCAUUUUAACAAUAUGAUUAAUCGAAAUGCCAGUGUUAGGAUGGAUGGAGGAAGAGCUGCUUUUAUGAAUCAUUGGAGUUAG